AUGAACAAUGGUAUAUCUUCUGGAAGGCCGGCAAAACGUGUACGGCAGGCUUGUGAGCCAUGCAGGCGCAAAAAGGCCAAAUGCCCCGGGGAGCAGCCUGUCUGCUCAUUGUGUGCUCGUCUCCGACAGGAAUGCGUGUAUGCCAGGGAAAGGCGAAGCACCCCUUCAGAACGACCACCUCCCGCCGCAGAGACAGCUUCCACGGAAAUUUCUCAGGAGACUCGGCUCCCACGAGUGCUAGAGGAUCGACUGGGGGUUCUGGAGACUAAGAUGGAGGAAAUCCUCGAAGCAGUAUCUAGGCGUAAUAAUGAAGAUGACGAGCGACGUAUGAUAGCCGACUCACUUCUGCCAACGAUGCUGGGCGGCCCGGUAGCCUCAACGACGCCGACAUCACUCACUCCACUUCCUCCCUGGGAGAAAGUACUUGCAAUAGGUGAACUGUAUUUGCUUUAUUGCGAGUCCCAGCCGCUUCCUCUCUUCCACAGAGAGACCUUUCUCAGAAGUCUUCAGGGCCGUGACCUCGAAGUUAUCUAUGCAAUGCUUGCAUUGGGCAUCCGUUUCUCUGAGGAGUCAUAUCGAGAUACUGAUGACCUCGCGAACCGUUCCAAUAGCUAUGCGGAGACAGCCCGAAAUUUAGUUAUGAGAAGGAUUUCAGAAGGACCAGUUGAACUCUCGACACUCCAAUGCCUAUGCCUCCUAAGUCUGGUCGAUUUCACUAACGGAAAUACGCAUCGAUCGAGUAUACAUGGUAGUCUCGCUAUGAACCUUGCUCAGUGUGCCAAUCUCGGCUCGGAAACGCGCGCUGUAAUGACUCCAGUGGCGCUCGAAGAACGCCGGCGUUGUUUCUGGAGCAUUUGUCUUCUGAAACGCCUCCACGGUGAAGAUUAUAACCUAGCAGAUUUUUCCGACGUGGAAUAUCCUCCUUUUCCGGAGAGCCCCAGCCGGCCUCCGCGGAACAGUUCACCAGAAGGCGCGGCUGAUGAGACCCGCUCAACCGGUGCUCAUGAUCUGGGAAUCCUUGGCUACGUGAUCAUGCUAAGUGAGGUAUUUGCAAAGACUGCGAGAUAUGUCCGCUUUCAUGGGAAGCCAAGUAAUAUCCCGCCGUGGUCUUCAGAAUCAGAAUACUCCAAGAUUAUAGCUCUUCAAAUGGACCAUGAAACACAAAUGCCCUACACUCAUCGGUUCAAGCCCGCCAAUUUGGGUGAUAGAACUCUCGAGGAACUCCAAGCCAACAGACAGUACUGGGGACCGUGGUUUCUCAACCAGUUCCUGUACCACACCAUCCUAUGCCUCCUGAACCAUCCCUUGCUUCUAUCGCUAAGCCUCCGCAAUUUUCGAAACACUAUACCCGAAAUCUUCCUCCAACACACGUCGGAUCUCAUCUCUUCCCAUACAACGUGGAUUAUUCAUUUUAUCGACUAUUUUGAAGAGAAAUCUUUCCCAGUAUCUGAUCCACUACUAGGCUACAGUGCGGCAGUCGUAGCUACAAUUGAACUACAGUUGAGCUUCACAGAAGAUCCCAAGAUCCGGGAGGAAAAGCGAGGUCGGUUCUCGAAGUGUGUCAAAUUUGUAAGAGCAAUGGGCACGAAAUGGCCUCACAUGGCACGAUUGUCUGACAGGCUACAGAGGCUGGAAGGAGCGGUUUCAGCUACUUACCAACCCGAUCCGCAAACGCGGAAUAAAAGUCUUUUAAUAGAUCUUUCACGUUUCUGGGAGAUCCUCGAGUAUUCGUCAAACAGCGACGCGGAUUCAGCUCGACGGCUGUUUGGUGAUUCUCUUUAUACCGGCCCACCAACAUUGGCCGCCGAAAUGUCACAAACGUCUCCUCUCCCAGAGCCAAGCAGGCUAAGCUUACAACAGGAUCAGUCACAAUCAGCAUCACAGGACUACGGCCUUUCUUCCUCUCUUUCUGCCGGACCGGGACUCGAGUCGAUUAUUCCUCGGAGCCCGUUGGAUCUGUCGGGCGAUGAAUUCUCUAUUCUAGCUGCAAACUUCUUCUCUCAAGGCCAAGAAUUUCUCCGAGGCUGUAAUAAUCUAGAAAGCUUUGGGAAUUUCUGA